ACAAACACCACUCGACCGUUUCACGUUCUUCUUCUUCUUCUACUUCUACUUCUUCUACCACUUCCGAUCUAAACGCUCCUCUCUGCCAUUACUCUCAUCAAUGAAGACCCUUUAACCGCCCUCACCGCCGUGGCCGGAAGGGAAGAAUAAACAACACCGGAAAAUCUCAAAGCAAGAGGGAAGAAGAAGGGCGGCGUCUCUGUAACCAUGGGGAAUUUUCUUGGUUGCUUUGGUGGUUCUGACGACUCUCGCAAACGCAGAAAGCAGAGAGAAAAUGUCGUUUCUCGAGAACAAAGACAUGUUGUUCAGAUCACUCCGGCGACGCCGCAAAGGACCAUCUCUGCAGAAGCGCCACCUGCCAACUCGGUUUCACAGGACAGUUUUGAGGAGAAACUGAGCUUAAGUGCCAGAAAGAGGGUUACAUUUGAUGAAAAUGUAAGAACAUAUGAGCAUGUUUCAGUUUACGAAAGCACUGAAACUUUGCCAGAGAAGACAGACAUGAGUGAAAAGGAAAAGGAAAAGGAAAAGACAAUCCACUCUAGCUCUUCCACUGAAGAUGGUUCUGUCAUUUCCAGUGUUGGAUCAUACCCUUGUAAUCACAGGUACCAGAACUGCAAAGAAAGUGAUGAUGAAGGUGAGGAGUUUGGUGAUAGUGACUUGGACGAGGACGAAGAUUUCGUUGAAGAUGAUGAUGGUGAUGAAUAUUUUGAUAAUGAAGGUAAGAUGGCAGUUCAUGAAAUCUGGUCUGAAGCAGUUUUGACUGCACCAAUGGAGUCAAGCUCUGGGAAGUCCUUAGCAAGGGUGAAUUCUGAGGAAGUUGACAGUCCUCUGAUCCCUAGUUUGGCAGUGGAGGAGGAAGAGGAAAGGGGAAUGGCAGAAACAAAAGGAUAUGUAAGAGACAGAAGUGCUUAUGUUCAUCCUGUGCUUAACCCUGUGGAGAAUCUUUCCCAGUGGAAAGCUCUGAAGUCCAAAGCAGCAGCACAGCCAGUGAAGCCACUGAAGGAGAACUUGCCUGCAGAGCAAGAAGCGCCCCGCAUUUCAUUCAGUUCAGAACCAACAUUGAAGCAGAACCCGAAGUUUGAUCAUUCCAAGGUCCACAACCAAGAGAUUGCAGUCAAUGCCAGCCUUUCAAAUUGGUUGGUUUCAUCCGAAACCACCUCUCCUGCAACGAAGACUAGCUUCAGUGGGUUCGAGACUGUUUCAUCUGCAAAUCCCACAUCAGGAGGCUCAAAUUCAGCGAGGAGCUUCGAAGACAGACCAAUUCUAGGUGCAUUAACCGUCGAGGAGCUGAAACAGCUCUCAGCAUCAUCUGCAUCUCCAAGGCGAUCUCCCAGUCGAAGCCCUGACGAGGUUCCUAUCAUAGGAACUGUUGGGACAUACUGGAAUGACUAUGACUCAGGAAUAAAGAAUGGCUCUAAGACACCCUCUUCUUUUAAGGGAAUACCAAACACAACCAGCAAGUACAGAGAGGAUAAGAGAGUGAAUUGGCAUUCUACUCCAUUUGAGACAAGGUUGGAGAGAGCCUUAAACCAAGGUGCUGCUGAAGCCUAAUUCUACAUUCAAAGUACAAAUUCAGAAGAUUGUGAAGAGAUGUUGGAGUUUUUUUUCCCAUGCUUGAUUUAUUUUUUCAUUUUUUGGGUACAAUUCUUUAUUUUUUCAUUAGAAUUCUUGAAUUUGUUUCUAUGCAAAUUUGAGGGAUGGCUGAUGUGAAUUUGCUUGUAUGUUGUAAGUUUACAUACUGGUGAUGUAAUUUAUUUCAGAUUUGUUUGUGUCAAAAAUAUGUAGAGCAUAUAGUCAUAUAGAUGUCAAGAUGUGUUUUUUUUGCAAACAUGUAUAAGAAUUUCAAUUGCCAUAUAAAUGUGUUUU